ACACGUCAUCGCGAGAUUUACACGGGCAAUCCCAGGUCAUAUGAUUCAACGCGGAAGAUGUUACAUAUUCAAAAACAAAACCUAACUGUUUUACGGGUUUUUUUUUUGACUGACUCUUAAGUCCAUAAUAUAAUAUUCAGGAAUGUCGCUUCGCCAAGAAAAGCACACCAGUUUUCUGGGUGCUAGGAUACCACCAGAAAUCGAGUCAAUGUCAAAUGGCUUGAAAGAUGUGGAGCAAGAGAUAUUCAGAAAAUUAUUGAAAGCUGUGGUGAAUGCCUUGGAGGAAAAGGACUGCAGAGACACGAUGAUGUCAAUAGCAGACAAGAGUGGCCUUCCACAGGAGAAGCUCAGUCACAUUGUAGCUGGAAUGUACAGAUUGUUGUCUGAGGCUAUUCGUAUCCCGCAGUCAUUACUUAAACAAGAGGCCUUUAAAGAAGAUCUUCGAGAACUGAGGAUAGCAGAAGACUUCAUCACAGAUUUUUGCAGUGUGGUGUUCGGAAAUCGCCGUACAGCUCUAGAAACUGCAAACUCUCAGAGGGAUCCCCACCUGCCUACAAUAGACGAAUUUAAAUGGCGAGUGGAUGUGGCCAUUUCUACAAGCUCGUUGGCCAGAGCACUGCAGCCUUCUGUCUUGAUGCAGAUGAAAUUGUCAGAUGGAAAUUUUCACCAAUUUGAGGUGCCACCUGCUAAAUUCCAGGAGCUGCGCUACAAUGUGGCUCUGAUCCUCAAAGAAAUGAAUGAUCUGGAGAAGAGAAGCAUUCUUAAGAUCCAAGACUGAAAAAUAAUCCAUUGUCAAUGAAAACAUUGAUAGUAAUAAGAAAAUCUUAUUUCUGUUUGAAGUUUGAGAUAUAGACAUCCAUCCAUUUUCUGAGCCGCCUAUCCUCCCGAGGAUCACAGCGGUGCUGGAGCCAAUCCCAGCUAUCAUCGGGGUGAAGGCAGAGUACACCUUGAACUGGUUGCCAGCCAAUCACAGGGCACAUAGAGACAGUCAAGUCACACUCACAAUCACCCCUACGGCCAAUUUAAAGCGUAUGUAUCUAUGUAUGCAUGUAUAUAAUAUCAACGGCUCAGAUAAUGGAUGGAUGAAUAUAUAUAUAUAUAUAUAUGUGUGUGUGUGUAUAUAUAUAUAUAUAUAUAUAUCUCAGUAUUUUCAUACCAUUUCAUUUUGUACAAACACAUACCAGGCGCAAUGUCAGGUACAUCUACAGAAUCUAGUGAGAUAGAAUUAAAAAAUGCAACCUUUACAUGUUACUUUAUUUGUUACAAGAUGAGAGGUUUGCAGUGGUGUCAUUCUACAUCGCACUGAGUGCAAAACAUUUUUGAUGCAGCUCUUUUUUAAAUUAUUAGUUUAGAGAAAAACUGGUUGUAUUUUGGGUGUCAGAAGCACACUUUUGUGUGUUCUGGUGCACAUGAACUCGUGUCGUGUUCAUGUGCACCCCCUUAAGUCUUUCACUGUGAUAUUUCAGCCAUUUGCUGAAACAUGUUCAAUUUUUCAUCAUCAAUGUACACACAGCACCCCCCAUAUUGACAGGGAAAAAAGAUUUGUUGAAUUUUUUUCCGAUUUAGUAAAAACAAAAAUGAAAUACAGUUGUUCAAAAUAAUCAGUCCAAUGUGACUAACCAGAUUAAUCCAUGUUUUCAGUAUAUUUUUUUAUUGCUACGUUAAACAAAUUACUAGUAGGUGCAGUAGAUUCUCAGACAAGCAACAAGACCCAGCAUUCAUGAUUUAUACCAGGGGUGCCCAGACUUUUUUACCCCAAGACUCUACUUUUCAAGCAUCCAGCCUCUCGCGAUCGACGGGAAGGGGAGGGGGUGACUUUUUUUUUUUUAUGAAUGACCAAUGAUGAAAUAGAAUGGCCAAGUCACAAAGAUCUACCCACAACAAAAAUGCAAAACGUAUUUAUUUUGAGAAUUCUUUGCGUGUAAAUUUAUGUUUGUGUACCUUGCAUAGCCGCAUGAGCCAAAAUUACACAACAUAAUUAACUUUAAAGAUUUUUUGUAACUAUUUGAGUCCAUGUUGAUGAUCACUAUAGAAAAUGGACAUCUGUGCUGCGUCAGUGGAUACGUCCAACUCCAGUAAGUCAUCUCAGAUGAACGCACAUAUAUGUUUGGCACAAUUUUUACGCCGGAUGGCCUUCCUGACGCAACCCUUCUCAGGGAGUGGAGGCCCCAGUGGGAUACGAACCCACAACCCCUGGUUUACUAAACCAGUACUCUAACCACUGAGCUACAGGGCCUCCAUUUGUCCAAGUGCAGUGAGAGAAACAUCUAUGAUGUCCUUCCACACACCAGCCAUGGCUUCACAGCACCGUGUAACUGUACUCCUUUACAGCUACAUUGAUUUUAUUGAAGAUAUUUCCGCCUUAUUUUUAAAAGAUCGGAACAACUAGUCAGCUAUGUCUCUUUUAUGUGUGACGAACCCGGAAACGAUGGUGGCGGCUUUCGCUGUUGAAUUAUAUUGUGUGAAAAGUGACUGCUGUGUGGCCAGUUGGGAUUUUUAGUUCAUUCACGUCUCUCAUUCUCAGCUUGAAUGAUGGUGUCGUAUUUUCCAGAAACAGUUCGAAGAUAGCGUUCCACAUUUCCCAAACGCACUUUGAAAAUGGCAUCGUGAAAAAGUUAUCCGUCUCACAUUCCGUAUGAAAGUGAUUCGUUUUUGUCUUCUUUAUUGCAGCAUCCUUACUCAUAUUUGUUAAGAUUUCUUAUGCGAGAGCUUAAAAUAGGGGGGAACUCACAGUCUGUUUUCCUGUACUGUUGUUGUUUGCACAUGCGCAGUGAGCUAAAGUUUAAAAAAAAAUACAGCUGAUAUCUUCUUUUUUUUUCUAGGCACGCCGUCGCGAUCGACUGAAACUGCCGAACGACACAUUGAGCACCCCUAAUUUAUACACUCAGGCUGUGCAAUUUGGCAAUUUGUUGAUGGGGGUGUGUUAAAAAAGAAGCAGUCUGCCGUUGACUUUACAAACUCAAAACUAUUUUGUACAAACUUUUUUACCUGUAGGAUUUGAUGAUCCUUUGAAUCACUAUUUAGUUGUAUGACCACUAUUUGUUUUUUUUAAUAACUGCUUCACAUUUGUGUGUCAUGGAAUUGACCAUCCUGUGGCACCUUUCAGCUGUUAUUCCACUCCAAUAUUCCUUAACGACAUUCCACAAUGAAUUUACAUUUCUUGAAUUUGCUUCAGAAACAGCAUUUUUUUAUGACACCCCACAAGUUCUUGAUUGGAUUAAAGUCAUGACAUUAACUUUG